CAAAUAGCGUUUUAGCAUCACAAGAGCCACCUCUACACUAUGAUGACGUUUCAGCCUCAGUAAUGGUCUGACCGUGGCGAGAGGAUAGCGUGCCGAACCUCCUUCUGUACUGAGGCUGCGUGGUGAGUCCCGCGGCCAUGGACGGGAGGCGGAGGGCAGUGAGGGCAGCGACGGUAGUGACAGUAGUGGUGGUGGUCUGGGUUCUGCCUGACCUGGUGAACGCUAUCUUGAGUUGCAAAGACGGAUUCGCUUCGAGGAACAACUCCACCUCUGUCAGUCCGGAGUGCUACAGGAAACAGUGGUGGCGCGCGGUAGAGCAGAAUAAAGUACCAGGAAUGUGUCUCUCGAACCUCCAAAUGUCCACGCCCUGCCAGAACAACGUCACAUGUGAAGGUCUGAGGUCCCGCAGAGAGGUGAUGCAUCCGAAGGAACACAUCCGCGAUAAGAAGAUCCUGUGCUCUGAGAUUCCGGCGGUCCCCGCAAACAUGGUGCUGGCGAGGAGUGCGGAUGGAUUCCUAGGAACCUGUAGGGAGGGUUACGGCUUUUCCUCGCCUUUCAUCCAGUCUUUGGGAAUCCGGUGCCAGGCAGGCGUGUGGGUCAAGAACCACACACAUCCCUGCCGCCCCCAGUGCAGCAAUCAAUGCCACAACGGCGGCACCUGUAUUGAUGUGGAGACUUGCCUGUGUCCACCAGGCACUGCGGGUCCCAAGUGUGGCACCCUCGUCUGGGGCACGUGCCGGACUGACGUAAAGUGGCAGAACGUCAUUGUGAAGGCAAUCGUGCAGGGGCUGCUGCUGCAGUGCCCUCGAGGCUACAAGCUGCUGCAGUACAAACCCUACGAGCACUGGCUGCUACAGUGCAAGGCAAGGAGGUUUGAGGAGCCGCCCGGCGUUACUUGGGAUCAGGAGAACCCGUGUCGCCCAGUGUGUGAGCCUCCCUGCCACGAGGGAGCCACGUGUGUGGCGCCGGGCAAGUGUGACUGUGGAGACGGAAUUGCAUGUGCGGACUGCGAGACGAGGCAGCUGUGCGCCCUGCCCGUCGUCCGGCACGGCGCCGCCUACAGGCUGGCACCUCAGCUGUCGAGGGUUAGUUGCUUUGGGGAGCGCCUGCCCGCUGCGAGGAGUCGAAACUUGCUGCUGCGGUGCUCGAAGGACCAUUGGGUGACCGCAGGCGGCAAGACCGUUGCUGCCAACCAAGUGAAUUGUUCCUUCUCCUGUGACCGAGAGUGCCAGAAUGGCGGCCGUUGUGUGGGCCUCAACAGGUGCCAGUGCCGUGAUGGCUUUGUGGGGUCCUUUUGUGGCCACCCGGUGUGUGGCAGCACGCCCCUCAGGGUCCCACACGCACUUUACAGCAUGACGUCCUCCGCGGGCGUGGUCUCCGGCACGGUGCGCUGCAAUGACCAGUACCGCCUGGCGUCGGGGGAGCAGCAGACCAGCUUUCAGUGCAGGGGUGGUACGUGGUACUUUUCGGGCGAUAUGUCAGGCCACAAGCUCGUCGAGUGCCACCCGUUGUGCUCCCCUCCGUGUGUCAACCGUGGAACCUGCCUGGCGCCAGGCCAUUGUCUCUGUUCUGGAGGCUUCACCGGGAAGUACUGCGAGCUGCGCCCCACCUCGACCACGGAUGGGAUGCGAUGUGUGUUCCCUUUCUCCAACGGCCACAAGAUCUAUAGUUCGUGUGUCAUUGCGGACGAUAAGAUUCCUUGGUGCCCCACGCAGGUCAACCUUGACAGGAAACCGCUCGCCUGGCAGAUGUGCAAUACUACACACAAUUUGGAGAAGGUGGUGGGAACAAUCUCAGGUCGCUCGUGCGCCUUUCCCUUCAAGUGGAAUGGGACGACAUGGUGGAAGUGUGCGCAUGAUGACAAGGACAGGUACUGGUGCGCUACUCACGUUACCACCAAUGGGCACAUCCUACAGACGGACUUCUGCUGGCUGGACCAUGGUCUUCCCCACACACAGCCAGAGUGCCAUUCCUCUAUGGGCUGCCCUCUGCCAUCCAUCCCCGGAGCCUCGGUAGUCGAGAUACCCUUCGCAGCCUACCCAGGACUAGCCACGAACACCGCCACUUCCACCACUACUACUACAACCAAGCCCAUCACUACCAUUGCCAAUGAAAUGCCUACUCUUGUAAUUCCACAAAUACCAGGCAUGCCCCCACUGCCCCCACUGCCACCACUCUUCCCACUUCUUCCAGAUCUCGUACCCCCGCCACCACCCCCGACUCCUCCACGCAUGCUCCCCCAGCCACCACCUCUCCCACCCAUGCCCUUUGUGCCGCCUCCUCCUCCUCCCAUGCCACCGCCCUUACUGCUGUUACAGCAACCAAUGCCUCCCCAAAUGCCACAACCAAUACCGGUGUUCAUGCCACCAUCAUUUCAACCACAACCAGUAAUGCAGUUAGCACCAAUAGUACCCUUGCAGCAACUACAACCGUCACCACCACAGUGGGAGACGCUCACUGCCACGUUGCUGGAGGCUCCCAGGCGCCUUAAUUGA